AAAAGAACUUUAAACAUCAUCUAUAUAUUUUUAAUAAUCUCUUGUUUGUAUGUACAUAACAUGUAGUUGAAUUAUUUAAGCUGUCACGGGCAAUAAGUGAAAGACAACUGACAUUGCUAUGGCGAUGUACACAAGUGUGGAAAAAAUGUAUAUGUUACAGAUCAUUAAAGAGGAUUUUUGAAUCAAGUAUAGCUGACAAGAUCACACCAUCUCUCUUUCUGAGUCUGUUUUCAGAGGUUAUAUGAACAGAGAGGGCACUCGGAUCAGUCUGUGUCACCACCAUUAUAGGUCUCUACCCAGGCAGGUAAUGUAAGUCACAAAGCGUGUUAGAUGAUACAUGAUUUAUCAUUGAUGUAAGCGGCCGAAGGGUGAUGGUUGCUCUUUCCUAAGUGAAUGUGAAACAAAGUAGACUCAGUGUUGUUGUGUAUGUUGUGUUUGGAUAACGUGGAUUUUUAUGCAAAUAUUUAGAUCUUUAUUGGACAAUUUUACCAUAUAAAGGUAUUACAGAUUGUGGGCUGGUUGUUUACAUUCACUUUCAAGUCAGUAGGCACGUUUGAGGAAAAGGAUAGACAACACAACUGUGACAACAGCGGAACAAUAGCUGGUGAUUUAUGGUUGGAUUAAAACCAGUGAACAUUUUGUGGAUUUUACUUAGUGUAGAAUUGUAAGAUCUGACAGAUUUGUCUCAGAAAAUGUGACAGCUGAUGUUGUGUAAAGAAUAAUAUUAAAAAGUUUGAGAAACUUUUCUGAACCUAUAGGAGCCAAGCUUGAAUAUCCAAUGUGACAAGCAAAAGAAGUGUGAACCACUUGGGAAAUAUAAUUCAGUACUCUUCAAGAUUUUAUGGUGUGAAGGAACUUUUGAAUUGUUUGCGAAAUUUGUUAAAUGAGAUUUUACUGAGCUUGAAUCGGAUUAGUAUGAAGCAGGCAAUAUAGGAAGUAGGAAAUAUAAACGGAGUAUGAUCACAGAAUCUACGAGAAAUUGUUGCGACAAAUUCAAGACAAUGGGUUUCGGAUUAAACAAAAUGGGUAUUUUGGUGCUAGUGACACUUUAUUGUUGCCUUCCUUCGGUAAUGCCAAAUAAAGACAAUGCGUUUGAAAUGAAAAUUCCUGCCAGCGAACCAUUGACGUUAUUAUGGGGUAUAGCAGACACAACCGCUUAUGUUGGGAAGUUGUUUACUUACACAAUACCAAGCGAUGCAUUUCAGGGAAAUAUAGUUCAUUAUAAUAUCACUGAAGCUGGGAAAGACACUUUGCCAUCAUGGCUUACAUUUAAUGCAUUGAAGACAGAACUGAAGGGAAUUCCUGGGCCAGAAGACCUUAAGAAAGGUCAAAUUUACUUGGAGGUCAAAGUCACUGGAGAUGACAGCUCUCAUGUUGAAGAUGUUUUCGCUAUUGAUAUACUAGACAAUACAAAUGGACCAAUUGGUUCCGUCACGACCACAGGAGAGGAUUCUCCGAAGGUUAUAAGAUGUAAGCGUGAGGAGCCCCAGACUAUCGUUACUGUAGUAGUAGACACUGACCUCGGUCACUUAAACCCAGAUGAGAAAAUAAAUCUCCUUGACAAUAUGGCCAGUCAUCUUAAUCUUGCCAAAGAAAUGCUUAAACUUAUGCCAGUAGGGAAUAAACCAAUGUUUGAUAGCAGUGCCUUGGUUGUUGGUCCAGGUAAUGCUAAAGUACCAAAAACAGCAGGAGCAUUGGUGUCUUGGAUCGUUGGCUGCGGGCAAGUUGAUAAUGGUCACAUGUCCACCCUUCAGCAAAUGGAAUCUGCUGCAGCUAAUGGUGAUAUGACCGCAGCUAUGGGACAUGAUAUCAUUGGCUGGCAUGUUACAAACACGCGGUUUCAGGUGAAACCAAGGAGACGUCGCCAGGCAACAGCAACUCAAAGUUUAUCACCACCCGUACCAACUACAAUAGAGGCUACAAGUACUGAACAGAUAGCAGCCACAUCAGUUUCCAUCGCACCUACCAAAACAAUAGAAGUGAAACCAACGGCAAUGCCAGAAACCUCUACAAAACCUGCCGCCACUUCAACAUCAGCCAUUAUUCAGCCAUCAGAAGCAACAAAGACAACUUCAUCAUCUUCUGUAGCUACAGAAAUCUUGCCCACGAAAACAUACACUAUGACGUCUUCUGAAACAACAACAACAACUAAGGUUACCCCAUCUACAACAACCACCACCACCAGGAGUACUGUAGAAACAGAAGCACCAACAACAAAACCAUCAACAAAACCAACAACCCCAUCAACAACAACUGAACGUAAAACUAUGAAACCUACACCUGAAGAGCCUUGUCCACUGGGCGGAGUGAGAAAACCUCCAGUAGUAAACAAAAGAUUGGAGGACCAGAAACUUACUGCUGGAUCUAUUAUUAGAAUGAAAAUACCAAAAGACACUUUUACCGAUUGCUAUGACGACAGCACAAAUGAACUUGACCUGAAAAUUACAUUCAGUAAUGAUGAAAAAUUACCAGAUGGUUUCUGGCUUCAGUUGAACAACCGAAUAUCUCGACCAGAUAUUCUUAUCAUGAAUCCACUCAAUGCUGAUGCUGGGAGUUAUACAUUCAAAUUAACUGCAUCCAAUUUUUAUGAAAAGACAGCAAGUCAUAAUUUUGUUGUAGUUGUUGAAGGACAGGAAAUGAUGACAUCGCCACCAAAUCAUGAACUGAGUAUGACCAUUGACACAGACUAUAAUAAAUUCAUGAGAAGUUUAGAUAACAGAAUUGAGUUGUCAAAUAAAGUGUCUAGAAUAUUUGGCGAUAAGAACUCUAACUCUCUUGCAGUUACAAGAUUAGAAAAGGGAUCAGUAGUUUAUGCUUGGACAAAUAAUUCUAUGGCAAGUAAUGAUUGCCCGACAGAAGAUUUGAAAGCUCUGUUUGAUAAAAUGUUCAACAAGGAUGGAACACUUACUGAGAAUGCACUAGAUUCCUUGCAGCCAUACAAAAUUAAUGCGGCAGCAGCUCAACCACUUGGCUCAUGUACAAACAAUCCAGACUUUCCAAAGAGAAUGAUGGGUGUAAAAGUUACAACGACACCAAAACCAACUAGAAAAGCAACUACAGAAAAGAAAACCACCUCUUCAGAAGAGGCAACAACAAAAAACACAAAUAUGCCAAAAUCCAAACCCACAGUUAAACCAUCGACAGAAAAAACUACUGAGGCAGUCGCAGCCGCAGGAGCUGGUAGUGGGGGAAGCGAUAUAUGGAUAACAACUGUUGUUCCAGCCAUAGUUGUUGUUAUAGUACUUAUUAUUGCUCUAAUAAUCGCAUGCUGUUUGUACAGGAAAAGAAGGAAGGGUAAAAUGAAGUUGGAGGAGAAAAAUAAAUUUGCAAACAGCAAGGGUGUACCAGUCAUCUUUGCAGAUGAAUAUGAUGAAAAACCAAAUGACUCUACCCAUCCUCUCAUCCUCCAGGAUGAGAAACCGCCAAUGCCACCACCGGAAUAUCAACGUGCGUCAAGUGAAACUAGUGGUAAUUCUAAUUCUACUCAACCAAUAGAAGAUAAAGACAUUGAGGAGAUAGAAAUGGAGGAUACUUCUGAAAGAGCCCCUCUCUAUUCUCCUCCCCCUCCAGUGACAGCUUCUAAUAAUAGUAAACCCCCACAUGUACAGUCAUCAAGGGGACCACCACCUUAUGUGCCUCCAUAAUAUUCAUUUCCUGAAGAGUAUUUUUCAAAUGAAUAUAUAAAUGUAUUCUGUAGUGGAUUUCUUUUUAUACAAUAGUUCAUAUGCUCGACAAAUGUGUUGUGCUAGGUAAAAACUGCAAGUUUGAAGUGGGAAAGCGUUGCAUAGAGAUUCAAAACAAUGAUAUUAUAUUGAUGUGUUUAUGCCUGUUUGUACAGGGGCACAGCUGAAGGUUACAAUAUCUGUGUAAUUGGUUCCUGAUUUAAGACUAAAGCUACAGUGUUUGGACUUCAUGAGCCGUGAUCUGCUGGUUCCAGUCUAAAGUGCUUCAGGUGUUCAAACAGUUUUCUGGUUCCAGUUGCAGUGUUUCUGGUUCCAGUUGCAGCAUAUCUGGUUCCAGUGGCAGCUUUCUGGUUCCAGUUACAAUGUCUUUUGUUCCAGUGGCAGCUUUCUGGUUCCAGUUACAAUGUAUCUGGUUACAGUGGAAGUGUUUUGGUUCCAGUGGCGUCAUUCUGGAUCCAUUGGCAGUGUUCCUGGUUUCAGCUGCAGCAUUUCUGACUGCAAUUUCAAGUAGCAGAACUUCUGGUUCCAGUUGAAGCAUUUUUGGUUCUUAUAGCAAUGUUCAUUGUUCCAGUUGCAAAGUUUCUGUUUCCAAUUGAUUACUAUGGUUGCAGUGUUCCUUUUUCAAGGAUAGGAAUUGUAUUUAAAGUUGUAAUUAAGUUUUAAAGGCCAGCGCACUAAUUUAGCCAUCAGUGCAAAUACUAUAAGACUGGAAAUAAGUUAUCUAAAUUUGUUGAUUUUUUUUUCAAGGUCAAGUUAAAAGAAUGAAGCAAGAUUUAGCUUUGUUUAAAAUUUUGUGUAUGGGUUACAUGAGUCUCCAUUGCAUGUAUUUAUGUAAGAGAAGUAACUCUGCAGUUAAAAAAAUAUGGUUGAAGGAGUGGCCUCCCUUGGUGCUGCGGAAAUUUGUUGUAUAAUGUUUUGAUUUGAAGUUUGCUUGUGCUAUGUGUAGAUAAGAAGUAUUGGAAUAUAAAUAUUAUUAUAUUAUGCUGCAGCUAUAUACUUGCUUAUUUGAAAUGUACAGUACCAUCCCUUUGAUGGAAAUGUUGUGUUUUGUUGUUUUAUUUUAAAAUGGGAGCAGCCUGUUGAUAUGCAAAUUUUCAGAAUUAAUAUUGAAUAAGAAGCACUAUAUUUAAGCUUCGUUACUGGAGAAUGCUCUAAAAUAGGCAUCAUUAAUGUAUUUGAAUUUUGAUAGUUGGUUACAUACAAAAUGACAGUGUUAUUGAAUUUAUGCUGAAAAUUUGGGUGCAUCAGUAACCUCCCUUAGUUGAUAAUUUUCCAUUUGUAAAAAGACUAAUGGUUGAGCAGGGGGAAUAAGUUUGAAGGUAAAUUGAUGAAAUAUGUAGUGUACAUGUACCACUGCCAAUAUUUUGGACACUAAGUAAAAAAAAAAAAAAUGUGCAAGUAUUUUCUUGUACUUUUUUCUGUUAAGAUUUUUUAGGUAUUCAUUCUAAUGUAUAUUUAUUGAUUUUUAAUCUUUUUGAAGAAAAAAAAGCAACACAUAGUUUUAGUUUUAGAAAGAUGUUUUAGCAAACAAAUUUGUAGAAUAAACUAUGCUUUCAUGUUGCGAGUUUUAUGUUGGGGUUAUUGUUAAUUACAGUAGAUUGUUUAUUUUUGCAGGGACACACAGUCCUGAAACAGUCCUGAAUAUAUACUUGUAUAAUCUCAAAAAAUAGUUUCAAAUGCAUUACACAGAUUUUCCAGUUCAUAAUGUUACAUAUGAAAUUACAAAAGAUGAGGCAUUGCCCAACCUAGAGCAGGGUGUUAUUUUUUUUUUCUAUCACAUAAUAGAGCUGCAUGUUUUUGAAUAGUUAUGUUUUAGACUGUGAAAUUUACAAAAUAUUAUUUUGUUAUUUUGAUAUGAUAAGAAAUCAUGAUUUGAUGCAGUUACGGUAAUUUUUCAACUGCAGCACAAUAGCCGCAGAUAUGUUGAUAAACCAUUUAGGCAUAAAAAAAAUAAAAUUGUUUGUUUCCGGUAUCCUGACCUAUCCUAAAUAUUUGACCCGACCCUAAAUGUUUUUAUGACCUUCGAGAAUAUUUUUUUCAACUUUUUAACAAAAAGUUGCAAAACUGCACUUUUUAUGCUUUAAACAUGGUCAGUGAUGUUAGAAAUCAACUUACUGAUGCUCUACAUUCAUAACCCCCUUAUUUGUAUUCAUUUUUUGACACAAAAAUAAUUUCCGAAAAGUCUCACUUUAUAAAAAAAAAUCCAAAAAAAACAAAUUUCUGACCUACCUACCCUAAUUUUUUUGAGUAUGUUACCGGAAACAAAGGAUUUUUUAAGGCCUUAUUAUAAUUCUAUCUCCACUUCCUGCAAAGUACGCAGGGCUCAUAUUAAUUUAUCUACAUGUUACAUCUGAAGUUUAACCUUUGUGAUUUGCCUUUUCGACCAGUGCAGACCAAGAUCAGCCUGCACAUAGCCUGCUGGAUUCAAGUGAUUAUGCCUUUAUGACCUGUGCAGCACUAAACAUGGUCUGCACUGUUUGCUGUUCAGUCAGUAAAUUUUCAGUGAACAACCCUUUGAAUAAUAAGUGGUGCUGCCCAAAUUGAAUGAUGGACCAGUCCAUUUUAGAAAUUUAGCAGGAUAAGAGUUAAAGCAUUAGCCUUUAAGCUGCUGGCUUUUCUUUUUUGAUGUUUUGUUGUUAAAUCAUUUGCAGAUUUCAAUGAAACUUUGUAUAAUUGUACCUUGUACAUGUACUGGUAGCUCUAUAAAAAGUCAGUAGUAUGAAUGUUUUAUAAACAAAAUUAAGUCAAACUGAAUAUUUUGCAUUCUUAGGUAUGAAUCUUAAUUUCAGACUUCCAUUGUUUAUGAACAGGUGCUUAGAGUUAUUCUGUAACAAGUUGAAUGAAAAAUAUUGUAUGCAUGUUUACAAAACCAUACAGGAACCAAAGGUUGUGUUUUUACACUAUAUUGUUUUGAUUGAGAAAGCUAUCUCAUGUUUUACACUUAUAUUUACAACUUCUUAGUGUGUUCAUUCAUUUUAAAGAAAUGUUAGUGAAUUUUUGUUGUUGUUGUUAUUCAGUUGUGCUUUCUGCCUUUUAUAAAAUAGUCCAUUAGAUCCCUGUUGUAAUAUAAUUUUUAUUCAGAAAUACAAAUUUAGUACAGGUUUGCUAAAUCUUUUGAAGAGUUUCACCGGUUCUUCCUUGAUGAAAAGUUUUAAGAUGUAGCUUGUUUUCUAUCAUUUAAUGCCACUAGUUUGUGCUGUAUAUAUUUUUAAAAUGCACAGUUAGAAUAUCGUGUAUCAGUCAGACAUAAAAUUGAUCAAGGGGAGCUAAACAGACUUUGCCUGUUUGCUAGUGUUUUCCAGGUAAUUCCCCUUUUAACAUUUCACUCACUGAACAUUUUAAUAAAAAGCAUAUGUUAGCUACUUUGUUAAUGUUAGGUAAUUUGAACAUAGGUAAUUUUAAUAUUUUCAUACCUCUUAAAGAGUUUUUCAACAAAGAAAUAUUUAAAACAUCACCAUUUAUCUUUGUACCAUUUGUCUUUUGUCUGAAAAAUUUUAACUUUUAAACAUCUUGUAAUCAGUAUUUUAUUCAUUUACAUCAUAUUGAGUUUAACUACAAUGUACUUUCAUAUAUUUACUUUCUCGCAAACAUUUUUUUUCUACAAAGUCUUCUUUUUUUGUAUCAGUGCAUAUUUUAUUAUGUAUAUAAGUAUAAUAAAUGUAAAAUUUCAUAUUUUAGCAAGAAGAUUAUGUUGUGUAAAUGGAUGUGUAUGAAGUAAGGUUAAUUCAUCACUUGUUAAUGUUUCACAGCUUCGUGCUUAGACUGAAAAUAUAUUUGGAAAAUAUUUACAUGUCAGGCUUGAAUAAAAAGGUUUUGGCUUCCCGGUUGAGUGGUGAUGGUCACAUGCCUUCCAUUGCUUAAGGUACAGAACCCACAGGACUUCUUUAAUAACGGCCAUUUACAGGUUACUUCACUAGAUGUCUGUCCUGGCCAGAUGCCUGUCAUUUCUAUUUGUUUGCCCUAGCUAGGUGCCUGUCAUUUCUAUUUGUUUGCCCUAGCUAGGUGCCUGUCAUUUCUAUUUGUUUGCCCUAGCUAGGUGCCUGUCAUUGCCUAUGGAACACAUGCAUUUUCCUGGGAAGUCAUCAUAAUAUGCAAAUUAUGUCAGUUGAAAAAAUCCCAACAAACCAAGAUAAACCUACGGCUUGGCAUAAAAUAUGUUUAUGUUACAAAUUCACAUAUUUCAAUCUGUAUAAAUGAAAAGAAGUCAUUUGAUUUUUUUUUUCAAGAAUGAAUGUGUAUUCUAGUAUAACUAUGUACGUGCACUUGUCAGUGUCAUGACAGAUUCGUCAUCCCUUCAUAAUAAUUGAACACAUAUUUAUUAUCAGAAUAUGAAAAUAAAACAUUUCCUGACAA